AUGGUCUCCAUCGCCGCCCACAACAAAGAAAACACCUCCUUGUCCCUCACCGACAUCGACGCCAUCUCCCUCUCCCUCCGCUCAUCCCUCUCUGGCGUCUCCGUCCGUCCCAAGAAACACCAACAGGGGACUAUCGGUAUCGGCCGCGCACCCAAGCACACUUCUUACCCCAGGCGGUAUGUGAGCUCGACCAAGCCUUAUGCGAGGGGCCGCAAUACUUCCGUCACACGCGCCAAGUUGGCUUCUGCUUCUUCUUCUACCUCUUCUUCGGGCAAGGUGCAGCGUCGAGUCAAGGCAAAGCCCAAGGCGAGACCGCCUCCUCUCAAGUUGGACGACCCGGCCUACGACCUCAAAGUCAUGCAAGAGCGUGUCAAGAGGGCUCGAUACGACCCUGCGAACGGGGACGUUGGGCAAGUGAGGAUGCCUCUCAAGUUGCCGUUCCCCCAGAUCCCGCCUAUCGAGCAUGUUGACCAAGAAGGACUUCGUGAUGUUCCGGUAGAUUAUAUCCUGAACAAACUCCUCCCUCUCCUGCCUUCCAUCUCCACCAUCACCCUCGCCUACAAACCCUACCCCCAAAUCCCCCACCCCUCUCCUUCCUCCUUCUCUACCCGCACCCUCGCUCUCGCCAUCCCCGAAAUCAUGGACGGCCGCAAACCGGAAUGGCAAGCCAAAACCCGGGGACGCGAACCCAACAUGUGCCUCGCCAUCCGCCAGAGAGCAGGGGAAGCGACCGAGGGUGAUAUGGUGAUUGCCGUCAACUCUUUGGUUUUUGCCAGUCAGUGUUCGUAUUGGAACAGGUUGAUCUCUGCUUCGCGCCUUCCUUCCCCCUCCUCCACCACUCCUUCAACGAGUGCCAGCAAGCAGGCUACACCUUCUGAAACUGCCGUUUCUGCUGCUUUGCCCGCCAUCUCCGAGGAAGAAGGCUCUUCGUUCUCUGAAGAGUCCGAAUCCGAGUCUGAAGACGAUUCCGACGAAUACGAAUCCCUCGAACCCUCCCCCUUGCCCCCAGUCAUCAAAGACCCCCGCGGCUUCCUCCACCUCCCCAUCAUCCCCAUCCUCCUCCCCUCCCCACCCACAUUCCACCUCAUCCACCGUCUCCUCCACCACCCCUCUCUCCCUUGCUUGCCUUCUUUCCUGGGGCUGUCCGACCAUUCGAGUAGGCAGGAGAUGUUGAGGGAGCUGGGGGAGAUGGAUGUGAAGGCGUUGAUGGGGAAGGCUGCUGUCUUGCAGGGGGUGUGGAAGAACCUCUGCGCACUCGGGAUCGCGCGGGCGAGCGUAUGGAGGCAGCUCGGGGAAGCGUGGUCCUUUGUCACGGGUAUCAUUGCCGGGCACGGGCUUUUGGUCGGGGGGCAAGUGAGGAGGAGCGAGCAACGAGGAGCGAAGAGCGGGGCGGAGGAAGUGGCUUGGGAAUGGGUGGGGAUGAUGAGGGAGAGGGAGAGGGUUGCGAAGGAGGAGUGGGCUAGAGGUACGGGUAUGGGGGCGCAAUAG